UAGUUUCGUGUAUAGUUUAUACAUACCCAACAACCCUAACCCACCGUAAAAGAAAAAAAAAAUACAAAGAGAGAGAAAGAAAAUGUCUCCAACCUUAGCUUUAGUGUUUGCUCUCCUUGGAACUCUCUGUUCCUUCAUCUACAUCUUUCGCCCCACCAAAUCCCGAUCAAACCAUAACAAAAAUGGGCAGAAACUUCCUCCUGGUCCCCGCGCCCUACCCAUAAUCGGCAACCUCCAUAUGCUAGGAAAGCUUCCUCACCAAAAUCUUCACCAUCUAGCUAAAAGAUAUGGCCCCAUAAUGUCACUAAGGCUAGGCUGUGUACCAACAAUAGUGGUAUCAUCACCUGAAGCAGCUGAACUAUUCCUCAAAACUCAUGACCUUGUAUUUGCUAGCAGGCCUGGAAUACAAGCCGGGGAGUACUUGUCUUAUGGUUCCACGGGCAUGGCUUUUACUCCGUACGGUUCCUAUUGGCGAACUGUUCGGAAAUGGUGCACUUUGCAUCUCCUUAGUGCUUCAAAAGUUGAAUAUUUUGCCCCAGUAAGGAAAACGGAGCUAGGGUCGUUGGUUGAAUCAGUAAAGGAGUCAGCGGCAGCGCGUGAGACGGUGAACCUUAGCGAGAAGGUCGGCGAGCUUAUUGAAAAAAUGAUGUGUAAGAUUAUAUUUGGACGAUCCAAUGAUGAUAGAUUCAACUUGAGGUCACUGAUUGAUCAAACCAUGCAUCUCUCUGGAGCUUUCAAUAUAUCAGAUUUUGUGCCUUAUCUUGCUCCACUUGACCUCCAGGGAUUAGGACGAAGGCUUAAGAGGGCGAGUGAGUUAGUUGAUACAGUAUUGGAGAAAAUAAUUGAUGAACAUAUGCAAGGGACCGAUGCCGAGGAUCGAAAACCCCAUAGGGAUUUCGUUGAUGUGAUGAUUUCCAUGUUGAAUCAACCAAUGAACCCUCACGACAAAGAUGAAACCUACAUAAUCAAGAGAAAAAACAUCAAGGCAAUACUAUUGGAUAUGAUUGCAGCUUCAUUUGAAACAUCAGCUGUAGCCAUCGUGUGGACAUUUUCAGAAAUUUUGAGGCAUCCUCGAGUUAUGGUUGCUCUUCAACAUGAGUUGGAAACUGUGGUUGGAAGGAAUAGACUUGUCGAAGAGUCGGACUUAUCGAAACUAACGUAUUUGGAUAUGGUUGUGAAAGAAGGUCUGAGAUUGCAUCCAGUUGCUCCAUUCCUAGUUCCACAUGAAUCCUUAGAAGAUAUUGUCAUUAAUGGAUAUUUCAUACCGAAGAAAUCACGGAUCUUAGUGAAUAUCUGGUCAAUGGGUCGAGACCGGAAUAUAUGGUCUGAAAAUGCAGAAGAAUUCUUUCCGGAAAGAUUCAUUAAUAAUAACAUAGAUCUUCGUGGACAUGAUUUCCGGCUCAUCCCAUUCGGAUCAGGUCGUAGAGGUUGCCCUGGAAUGCAUUUAGCGCUAAUCAACGUGAGUCUAAUUUUAGCUCAAUUAGUCCAUUGCUUUAAUUGGGAGUUACCUGAUGGGAUGUUGCCCGAUGAACUAAACAUGACUGAAAUCUUUGGUCUUUCAUUGCCAAGGGCUACUCAUUUGCUUGCAAAGCCAACUUACCGUUUACUUGGUUUAGCAACCUAAAUAAUAGCAGAUAAGAUCAAAAUUUGUGUUGGUGUGGUAAUAUUGGAAUAAGUUGUCGCUUUAAAUGAGAUUUUAAGAAAUUUAAGUUUUCAUAUUUUAUUUUCUUGAUACAA